AUGAUGAAGAAUGAGAAGGAGUUGAGGGAAAGACUGAGGGUAGAGCUGAGUAAAGCAGAGAAUGAAGAAGGUUACAGCAUGGAGAAUUAUAUAGAGGAGGAGCCAGAGCUGUACUUCACAGAGCCGGAGCAGCUCCUGGACCUGCUGACGGAGCUGGAGGAGCAGAACCUCACGCUGAUCCAGAACUCCAGAGAGACCGAGGAGGACCUGGAGGACCUCCAGCGCACCACGGCCACGAGCAAGAAGAAGACGGAGAGGGACACGGAGCAGCUGAGAGCCCAGAUAGACAUCAUAUCCCAGACCAUCACCGCAGAGAAGGAGCAAGCCGCAGAGCUGGAGCUGAAGGCCCGCCUCUACAACUUUGGGAAAUGUAAAUCAGUGGAAGAGGACCUGAUGCUGGAGGCCCUCGGCCGCAAGGUGGAGGAGGUGUACCGCUGCUGUGUGGGCGACAUACAGGCCAACCUCACCACCAUCCAGAUGCUGGCAGUCAUCGAGAGCCACCUGCUGCAGCUCCUUGAGAACAUGGAGAACAUACCCCGCGACACCUUGGACCAGGUGGAGAAGAUGAAGGACCGGGAGAGGAGGAUGAGGCAACGCGUGCAGAAGCUCGAGCAGCAGAAGGAGCACCAGGAGGACCGACUGAAGAAGGCCAUGGAGAGGACUCAGGCCAACAGCAGGAAAACAAAUAACAGACGGCUGAUGCCCAGAUCCAAGCCUGUUACAGCAAAGAUCAAGUUCAACAACGUGAACAACAGUUCGGAACAGGACGAGCUGCACGCCUACUUCUUCACCUGAAGAAGCAUAGCCUUAGUAGUAGCCUUAGGUACAUCCUACACUAAUAAAAUGAUUAGAUGCAUGUGUGUAUUAAAGAAUCUGGCUUUUCCCUUUUACAAUGUCAAGCAAGUCAAGCUGAAGGUCUGGCAAAUCCCUUGUUAAAAGUGGUUAUAGAAUGCCAUACGGUACGAGAUUGAUUCGCCUUAACAAGCCGUUUUGUGUUUUAGUGAUGAGUGGGAGUGUCCACCUAGAUGUAUGAUGGAUAGAUGAGCAUAAUUUGCUUCAGAUUUUGAACGGCUUGAAAUGGCUAAACAACACUAACACUUUUGGGCCUAAUAUAACCCCUUAAAAAAAAAAAGGUACUGCAGCUAAGAUCUUACAUCUAAUGUUUGAGUCACUUAUUAGAAAUAUCCUAGCCAUCCAGUUUUAGAAAUGCAUUGAGAAUAUUUGUUUUGAGUUGACCUUGCCUGCAUCUUAAUCCUUGAUGCCAAUUCUUGUCGGGUUAAACAUGGUCUGGAAUAACAAUACAUUUUGCUUUCGCAUGUCAUUUGCAAGAAUCGUUACUAAUGAAAAAUAAAUUUUGAGAUCGGCAAAGUUCUGAAAGUAGGGUCUACAGAC